ACAGCUGACAGGAUAUAAAGACCUGGAAAGGACUUAGCACCAGAGAAAAGGAAUCAGGCUUUGGAACUGACCUUCUGAGCCCUGCUCUGUCCAGCACCAUGCCUUACAGCUGCUGCCUGCCCAACCUGAGCUGCCGCUCCAGCUGCUCCUCCCGGCCCUGCGUGCCCCCCAGCUGUCACGGCUGCACCCUGCCCGGGGCCUGCAACAUCCCCGCCAACGUGAGCAGCUGCAACUGGUUCUGCGAGGGUUCCUUCAAUGGCAAUGAGAAGGAGACCAUGCGGUUCCUGAACGACCGCCUGGCCAGCUACCUGGAGAAGGUGCGGCAGCUGGAGCGGGACAACGCGGAGCUGGAGAGCCGCAUCCGGGAGCGGUCCCAGCAGCAGGAGCCCCUGGUGUGCCCCAACUACCAGUCCUACUUCCGGACCAUCGAGGAGCUCCAGCAGAAGAUCCUGUGUAGCAAGGCAGAAAACGCCAGGCUGGUGGUGCAGAUUGACAACGCCAAGCUGGCCGCAGAUGACUUCAGGACCAAGUACCAGACGGAGCUGGGCUUGCGGCAGCUGGUGGAGUCAGACAUCAAUGGCCUGCGGAGGAUUCUGGAUGAGCUGACCCUGUGCAAGUCUGACCUGGAGGCCCAGGUGGAGUCCCUGAAGGAGGAGCUGCUCUGCCUCAAGCAAAACCACGAGCAGGAAGUCAACACCCUGCGUUGCCAACUUGGAGACCGCCUCAAUGUGGAGGUGGACGCUGCUCCCACCGUGGACCUGAACCGUGUGCUCAAUGGGCUGCUGGAGAGCGAGGACUGCAAGCUGCCCUGCAACCCCUGCGCCACGAGCAACGCAUGCGUCACAAAUUCCUGCACCCCUUGUGGCCCACGCUCCCGCAUCGGGCCCUGCAGCACCUUUGGGUGCUAGAUAUGUCGGGCUGAGCAGGAGAACUGUGUGAAGACAGAAGACCAUCCACGGACCAGCCCUGCUCUCUGACAACCAUCAGGCAUGGGGCCCCACCCCAGGCACCACCGUGAUUCACAGUCUGGAAAGAGAACAGGCAUCCAGGCCCACCUGAUCCUCCUCGUUCGAGGCUGCCCUCCUGCAGUUAUUCUGUGAGCUGAUGGUCUGACAAGUUAGGGCUGUGCAAGUCACAUGACGUGUGUUGUGGUUCUCUCUGCUGCUUUGACCUGUCCUCCAGUUCUCCAAAUCCCUUUGUAAAUCUCCUAAUAAACUUCCCUUGCAAAGCA